AUGACAGCCGACUCGGGCGAGCCCUCCGGCGCAACCACAGCUGUCACCGGCUCCAGCUCCGCCGCACUUCCUCCGGGCGUCGUUUUGGGCAAGGAUGGCAAGCCUUGUCGGACAUGCUCCUCUGGCUCGGCCUUCAAAGCCUUUGCCAAAUCCUCGCUAAAGCCAAGCAAUAACAACACCACGACGACGACAAAAGCAGCCACCGCAGGAGCAGCAGUAGCGGCAACCGGUGCCGCCGCAACACUCACGAUCCCCCGCGACUGCCCUCCCGACGUGGAACAGCUCGGCCGCUCUACCUGGACGCUGCUGCACUCGAUCGCGGCCACGUACCCCACGACUCCCUCGGCGCGCGAGCAGGCCGACCUCCAGACCUUCAUGUCGACCUUUUCCCGGCUGUACCCGUGCUGGGUCUGCGCCGACGACUUUCAGGGCUACAUGGCCCGCGAGAAGAUGCCCGUCGGCAGCCGCGACGCCUUUGGCCAGUGGUUGUGCGAGGCCCACAAUGCCGUCAAUGUCAAGCUCGGCAAGCAGACGUUUGACUGCAGCAAGUGGCAGGAGAGGUGGAGGACGGGCUGGAAAGAUGGCCGGUGCGACUAA